GAAAAUGUGUUUUAUAUAAUAUUAAUAUUUUUGUACCGGUGUGAGAGAGAGACUCUGUGUGGCGAAUGAGAGUAUAAGAAUUAUAGAAUGGGAAGAGUGGUAUAUAUAAAGAGACUGGUGUGGUGUAUAAUAUCCCUUCCUUCACCUAUUCGCCAUUAUCCAUCAUCUCCUUUGACCACCAGCCAUGGGCAACUGCCAAGCCGUCGAUAAUGCAAGUCUCGUAUUACAAACCCGAAACGGUAGAGCUGAGAGGUUCUACUCACCCAUCUCUGCCGCCGAGAUCAUGAAGCUCCACCCUGGUCACUGUGUCGCCCUCCUCCUCACCACCACCUUCUACUCCUCCCCUCCUUCAUCUUCCUCCGACGUCGACCACCACCACCAUCGACAUCCCAACAACAACCCUGCAAACACCAAUCAACCUCUUCGUGUUACUCGCAUCAAGCUUCUCCGUCCCACCGACAAUCUAGUCCUUGGCCAUGCUUACAGACUCAUCACGAACCAAGAAGUGAUGAAAGGAUUAAAGGCAAAGAAAAAUGGAAAAUUGGAUAACAUUAAGGAUUUUUUGCCGCCGGAGUCUGCCGGAAAAACCUCAGCAAAUUCAGAUUCCGAAGCAGCAUCCACAAGAUCUAAUCAAUCGGGGAAAUCCCACCAACAGAUGAGGAAACCAGAUAAACAUCGGCAGAGGACGGCGGGUCCGGCGAUCUCUGCAUCCACCGGAAUCAAACCAAGAGGGUGGCAUCCAUCAUUAAACAGCAUCUCAGAGGCAACAAGCUAGCUUAAGUAGCUAUGUUCAUAUAAAUUUUAAUUUCUUUUCCGUAGAGUUCUUGUGGGAAGAUGGAGAUUGCAUUUGGAGGCAUGAUGAAUGAUGCAAUUUCUUGAAAAAUGAGAUUUUGUUUUAAAUUGUUAUAAUGAUUUUGUUGUGUUUCAAGAAAUGCUUUCCUUCAUUCUUUGUUUCCGUUGAACAUGCAAUCCUCUCCGCCUUUGUAAUUAUUACUCCUCUUGUCUACUUUUACCAAUGAUCAUCCAUGGUCAAUCUUGCCAAAUGCUUUUCACUGAUUUUUGUUAUGAAAAGGGGUAAAAGAAUAUAAAAAGUAUAUGAUCAAUCAUUAAUAUUGAUAUUUUAUAAAUAAAAUAGAACAAUUUUAUAUCGUAGAAAAAACUCCAAUAAAAUCUUAAUAUUUUUUGUUAGUUUACGGUU